AUGAUGUCGCACGUACCGGAGACCAUGUGCGCGUGGCAGUACUUCAAGCACGGCGGCGGGGCUGAUGCUCUCUCGUUGAAUGAAAACGUCCCUGUACCCGUGCCGAGCAAGGGCGAGGUGCUGGUUCGCGUGCGCGCGGCGAGCAUCAACCCGGGCGACUGGAAGCUGCAAUCUGGGCUCAUCCCCUUCCUGCCACGCCGCUUCCCUGCCACCGCUGGGUUCGACCUUGCUGGUAACGUGGUGGCAGUGGGGCCUGGCGUUACCAAGUACUCUGUGGGAGAGGCUGUCUUUGGAAGGGCACCAUUCUUUGUACUGUUGGACCUUCAAGGCAGCGCACGCAAGCCCUCCUCCCUCACUUUCGAGACCGCUGCUGCUCUCCCCAUCGCUGGUCUCACUGCCCUGCAAGCCGUGAGGGACUAUGCUGGCCUGCCCCUCCCUCCACUCAACCCGAGUGGGGAAGGGAGUGGAGACAGCAGCGGUGGUAAGGCUGAGAGUACCAGCAACGGCACCAGCAGCACAGGAUACAGCAGUGGGAACAGGGCGCGGGUGCUGGUGGCGAAUGCGUCGGGGGGAGUGGGGCAUCUGGCAGUGCAGCUGGCCAAGGCAGCAGGGGCACACGUGACUGCCACUGUCGGCGCUCGCAACCUUGCCUUUGCACGGAACGUGCUUGGAGCAGACGAGGUGUUUGAUUACAACUCACCUGCAGGCAAACAGCUCUUCUAUUCCCUUCCCCCGUCCUCUUCGCCUGUUAUCAGCCUUUCCAAACCUCAUGCCGCACAGGUUGCUUCAUCUGCGGAGCCUCCUGGCAGUGGGCUGUAUGAUGUGGUGAUUGAUUGCUCUCCCGCCAGCCUGGCUGUUUCUGCUGUGGAUAGGGUUCUGCGUCCAGAGGGGAAGUGGGUGCAUGUGAUUCCCCCGUUCUCAGUGUUCGCUCUGGGACUCUGGCGACGGUUUGCAGGUCGCCCGAAGAAGAUUUAUAACGUUAUGAUGGAGAACAGGGGGUCUGAUUUGGAGGUGGUGGGGAGGAUGGUGGAGGAGGGGAGGGUGAAGGUGGUGAUAGAGGGUAGUGUGCCGUUUGAAGAGGCGAGAGAGGCGUGGAGGAAGAGCAUGGAAGGGCAUGUGACGGGGAAGUUGGUGGUUAGGAUGGAGUGA